CGGUGUUUGUUUCCGAACGAAGCGCAUCGAUAUCGUCAGUUUUGUUUGGAUUCCCUUUCUGACAGUAGCGAAUCAUGUGUUUUUGGCGGUUCUUGUUUUGGUAACGUUCUGCGGAGCAAAUUUGAUUUAAAUCCGGGAAAACUAGGUGCAUUUUAUAGUUCUUUUUAUAUUAAACCGCGAGUUUUAAGAUGACCAUCACAGACUAUGUCUCGGCGCUAUCGGACAAUCCAUACUUCGGUGCCGGUUUCGGCCUGUUUGGGCUCGGCGCCGGUGCCGCUAUGUUACGUAAAGGGCUGCAGGGCGCGUUGAUUUUGUUUCGUCGGCACUACAUGAUAACGUUGGAGGUUCCCUGCCGGGACAAAUCCUACCAGUGGGUGCUGCAGUGGAUUACCCAGAAGGGAGCGAAACACACACAGCACCUCAGUGUGGAAACGUCCUUCCAGCAGCGAGAUACGGGUCACAUCAAAACGAAGUAUGAUUUUAUCCCAUCUAUUGGGACGCACAUUAUGCGCUAUGGAGGCACCUGGAUCAAGGUAGACCGUGCCCGGGAACAGCACACGCUGGAUUUGCAUGCAGGGAUACCGUGGGAAACGGUACAGCUGACUGCGUUUGGAAGGGAUAAGAACUUGUACUUCAAGAUUUUGGAGGAAGCUAGACAACUCGCCCUGAAAAACACGGAGGGCAAAACCAUUAUGUACAGUGCCAUGGGUUCCGAGUGGCGUCCAUUCGGUCAUCCCAGAAAGCGGAGACCACUGAAAUCCGUCGUGCUGGACGACGGAGUUUCGGAUCGUAUCCUGCGGGACUGCCGAGAGUUUAUUCAAAAUCCCCAGUGGUAUGCGGAUCGCGGAAUACCCUAUCGGAGAGGAUAUCUCCUAUACGGACCUCCCGGCUGCGGAAAGUCCAGUUUCAUCACGGCUUUGGCUGGGGAAAUUGAAUUUGGCAUUUGUCUGCUGAAUUUGUCGGAGCGAGGCCUUACGGAUGACCGACUGAAUCAUCUGAUGAAUGUGGCGCCUCAGCAGUCUAUCAUUCUGCUGGAGGACAUCGACGCUGCUUUUUUGUCCCGAGAAGAUACCAAAAUGCAGAAGGCUGCUUUCGAGGGGCUGAAUCGAGUUACGUUCAGCGGGUUGCUCAACUGUUUGGAUGGAGUGGCUUCGACGGAGGCACGGAUAGUGUUCAUGACCACCAACUACCUCGAACGAUUGGACCCCGCCCUGAUCCGACCGGGACGGGUGGAUGUCAAGGAGUACGUGGGGUAUUGCACUAGGCAUCAGCUGGAGCAGAUGUUCAUGAGGUUCUACGCCGGCGAGGAAGGAGCGAUCAAUGCCAAAAUAUUUGCCGACAAAGUAUUGCAGGAUGGACGCAAUGUGAGUCCUGCACAGGUGCAAGGGUACUUUAUGAUUCACAAAAUGUCCGAUCAGGCGACGGUACUGGAGAAUGUGAACAACAUUUGGGAUAAUUUGUAAAAGGAAGUGGGGGAUAAGAAGUAGCAUAUUGCAAUUCACUGUAAGUAAUAAAGAAAUCCAGGCGAUACAUAA